AUCACCUUCUUCACCCUGCUGUCCGUCUUAGGAGUGAUGCUGACCCUGGCCGGCUCUAUUCUGUCCUGCCAGCACGCCCAGCAGGUGAAAUCCCUGGAGGUCUGCGAGCAGAUAAGGCAGCGCGAUGGAUCUUCCAUCCCGAAGGAGGUGGGAUGGCGACGCAGCCUGAAAGCCCAGAAAUGCAUCUACUUGCCGUCCGAAUCGGGGAUUCCUGCCUGCGGCAAUAAAGCUGAAGUGGAUUCGAAUUGUUCCAGGAUUCUUCUGGUUCUGAAAGACCUGCUGUUCAGUAUCUGCGGCUUAACCAUCUUCUCCAUUGUAGUUUGCACCCUGUCCGCCAUCAUGUGUUGCAUCCAGAUUUUCUCAGUCGACAUCGUCCACGUGCUUUCUCCACCUCGGUCAAGUUCCGUCACGCUGGAUUGUACGUCUCCCCCAGAUACUUUUUUACAACACAUGUUGGAUCUGGAUGAGUUUGUACCCCCAGUUCCUCCCCCUCCUUACUAUCCCCCGGAAUAUACCUGCAGUUCCGAGACGGAUGCUCAGAGCAUUACUUACAACGGUUCCAUGGACAGCCCGGUCCCCCUGUACCCCACCGACUUCCCCCCAAGUUAUGAGGCUGUUAUGGGGCUCCAUGGGGACAGCCAGGUAACGCUGUUUGACUCUCAGUUUACUGAAACAUCACAUGGCCCAUGUUCCUGCAACCAAGUCCCUUCCGUUGUUCUUAGCGGUGAAGCGAUCUCCAUGGACAGCAACUCGCUCAUCAUGUCAGAAAUCGUAGACAUUCCCGGGGACAGCAGCCCGUCGGAGGAUUCCUGCCUGCUGGAAGGGAGCGGCUCGGCCUGCUCGGUGGAUUACGUCCUCUUCCGCUCGAUCCAACGCAGCCGGGCGGAUUACUGCCUGAGCGUCGACUGCGGACAGUGCGGGAUUCACCCGCAAGGCCCCUUUGAGGACAUCCCACAGGCGCGCCUGCGGGGAGAGCGCUCCUACUCCUGCUCCACGCCGGGCACGGUGUACGACGGCCUGCUGGAGGCGGGCAGCGUCCAGACCCACAGCUGCCACCGCCUGGAGGGCCUCGGCCGCGGCGUGGGGCCCUGUUUCCCCGAAGUCCGAGUGAAGCCCAAGUCGGCGGUCUCGGCGCGCAAAGGGCCCAGGCGGCAGCGACGCAGCAGCGAAACGUCCUGCCAGUCGCCCGUGAUCCGAUGCCCGCUGCUGCGGUCCCACAGCGACCCUGGGAUGGCCGCCUCCAGGGAGGCAGAAACCAACGACCACGAAGUAUUUUGCACAAAAGAAUCUGGAGACGACGCUUCCAACGGUUCGGCGGAGACAGGGCCGUGUUUGCACACCUGUCUCGGUGACCCAUUCUUGCUGGCUCCGGUGCCCGGCAAACCCAAGCUAGAGCUGCAGUCGAAAGUGCCCGACCACCUGUCCAAGACGAUCACCCGCUCCCUGGGGGACCUCAAGGUGUGCCGGGGGUCUCGCAGCCUGAUGGCCCGUUUCCUGCACCGAUCCAAACGGAACCUGACCUUGCCGGGCGCGGAAAUGAGCUCUCGCGCGAACAAGCAGGUAAAGCGGGGGAGGGGUGGG